AUCGAACCCGGGCUGCCGCAGUGGGAAGCCAGCGACAAACCACUUGAGCUAUGGCGCAGCCUUAAAUAUAGUUUUACUAUGAAGUGACAUGAUGACUUCAUAAGCCAACACUGAAUACAAAUCACAAUUUUCUUCAUGGGACGCCAUCCAGCUCACUGUUUGGAUAUUCUCUUUCCACAUAACUGGGUGAUGAUUUGAACUUAUCAUUUAGUAAUGUAUCUAAAUCUUUCAACAGGACAGAAAUAGUUCAAGAUCACAACAAAUGACCAUGUUAGCUGAAGGUAUGGAUGCAGAAAUUUUAUCUGAGUCAAAUGCAUCUGUGCAGAGAACUUUGGCAAUAAUCAAACCAGAAGCUUUACCAUAUGCUGAUGAAAUAGAAGAAAAGAUUAAAGAAGAUGGCUACACCAUUGCUCAGAAGAGAGUAGUGACUCUGACAGGAGAGCAAGUGACUCAGUUUUACAGUGAGCAGUAUGACAGCCCAGGAUUUCCAAAGCUUAUGGCACAUAUGUCUAGUGGACCAAUCAUUGUGCUAUGCCUCUCCAAGAAUAAUGCUGUCGAUGACUGGAAUACACUGAUUGGUCCCGCUAAUGUAUCUGAAGCCCGUCACUUAUUUCCUGCUUGUCUCCGAGCCAAAUAUGGCGAUCAGAGUGAAGAUACAUUUAAUGGUCUUCAUGGAAGUGAGAAUGAAGAAACAGCUGAGAAGGAAAUACGUUUCUUUUUCCCAGAAAUGAUUCUGGAACCUCUGCUGACUGGAGAAGCAGUGACAGAUUACUUAGCUGAAAGUGUGAAUCCUACUUUACUGGAAGGGUUGGCCCAGCUAUGUAAAGUGAAACCUGCUGACCCUGUAGUGUGGCUUGCUGACUGGUUACUGAUGAACAAUCCUAACAAACCCAGAACAGAUGAGAUAAUCACACCAAUUCCAACAUAAUAUAAUUCUUUUCUCUCAGUAGCCUCCUAUAUUUGUAGUGCAGUGCAUUUCAUACUAAAUGUAAAUUGUAAAUGUGAAAGAGGAAAAUUUCUCCAACACUUUGAAAACUUUUAACAGAAUAAAAUUCAAAGCAACCAUGAAACAUGCAUCUCAUAUUGUGAUCUGUAAGAUGUAUAUGGGAUGACUGAUAAAAUGUUGGUUUUUUAAAAAGGGUUAACAGAACUUUAUACUGAAUGUUUCAUACUAAAUUAUUCUGUACUUUGGACAAAUCAGUUGUUUUGAGUUCUUUUUCUGCUGCAUGCUCUUUCCUUUGUUGGUCAUCCCAUUGAACAUUCACUUUUACUUGUAAUGUUUAUCCUUGUAUAUUAUUGAGCUUAUUGUUGCUGUUAGUAAAAAGAGAUAUUUUUAUGUAAGCUACAGACAGAAUGUUUCUUCUUAUAGAACAGGUAUAUAUGUAAUAUAUUUUUAUAUGCAGCCUUGUAUCAAUAUUGGACUACCUAGUAUUUAAAACAGAAAAGUAGAAUGUUUAUAUAUCUGCAAAGUGAUGGUUUUGUUUCUGCAGUUUUACAUGUCCUACACUUUUUCUACAAGAAUUAGAGAAGACAGUGGCCUAUGUGAAAGUGCAAUCUCAGCACUGAACUGGAGGAACUAAAGAAACCAAGAAAACCUAAGUCAGGACAGCACUGUGAAGUGACAACACUAUCUACUGGCAAAUUAUGAUAUUGUGGAAUAAUAGAUUAUUAUACCAUAUUUUCUAACAAUGGGGCACUAAGUUUCUAAGUUUGAUUCAAAUAAUUAUGUUGUUUAAGUAUUACUAAAUAUGGUUUGUCACGCUCUGUUCAAUAUUAAGAACACAAAGUUCAAUAUGCAACAUUUUGUUAUAUGCACAUCCACAUGUGUGUUCAAACAAAUAAUGCAUAUAUGUACAGUAUUAUGCAGUACCUGAAAGCUCUAAAGCUGGACAAAUUUAUGUUAAUAGACAUAUAAAGUCUUCAGAAAUACACAGACAAAAAUAAAUUAUUAUUUUGUAAAAAUGUAGCUGGUAAAAGAGUAUGACAGAAACUUGAAGCUCAAACACAGAUCCAAUGUAUGUAUGAUGCAGGAAUAGAACUGGAGAAUGAAACACAUUACCACACAUCUGAUUAAGGCACACACGUACCUUCAUCACCACCACAAAUUCAUGUUACACUAUUUUUCCAUGGCUGAAGUUGGUGUUGCUGUUUUCUGAAACCAAUUUAAUCAAAUGGAAGCUGUUAGAUUAAAGCCUUGUCAAAUGAAUGUUAUCAAAUAAAUAAAGGCAAAAG